UACAAGAGAUCCAGAUCACAAGGGAAGAGGGAGAAGUAUCAGAAGAAGAAGCCGAGUUAGAGUGGGAAGAGUGCGGGGAGCCCGAUUGCUGCUCUACCGUGGAAACGGGAGAAGCGGUCCUUAUGCGAAAUACGGACCGGCACUGCGGGGACGAACUCGAGUCGGUAGCGGUGGACACGUUUUGCGCAGCCGAGGGAGACAUGCAUCGCUCCCCGUCCGAGCGCUCCAGGCUCAGUGAGAACACGCGCUUGGCCACGCGAUACGCGGUGCGCAUCUUCAGGGAAUACCUGACGGAGAAGGCGCAAAUCACGGACUUUGAGAGCAUGGAUAAGCACGCGCUCUGCAAAGUGCUGCGCUCUUUCUAUUCCGAGGCGCGCUCCAAAAGCGGACAGCUGUACAGCAAGUCUUCUCUCAUCAGCAUCCGGAGCUCGCUCAACCGGUACUUGAACGAGCCCCCCUUCUGCCGCACGCUCGACCUUACCAAGGACCCCGAGCUGCGCAGUGCCAACCUGGCGCUCGCCGCGGUCAUACGCAAACUGGAGGAGCAGGGCGCCGGUCCCGUGGUGCAGAAACAAGCCAUCACGCGCUCGGACCUGAGGAAACUCUACACUUCUGCCACGUUCAGCGCCAGCACGCCUUUCGGGCUGCUCAAUAAAGUGUGGUUCGAGACUUGCAUGUACUUCUGCACGAGGGGACGGGAAAAUCAGCGAGAGCUCGAGGAGGACUCUUUCGGUUUAGCCAUGGACGAGGACGGAAGAAAGUUUGUCUACUUCAAAGCUCUCGGGCCGUACCACAAAUCUCGUUCCGCCUCCUGGACUAAAAAAAAGUCCGACACGGACGAUGACAACCUUCCCCGCAUGUACGAGACCGCCACGGACUUUUGUCCUUACACAAGCUUUGUGAAGUACCUCUCGAAGCGCAAUCCUCUCUGCAAGGCUUUUUUCCAGCGCCCGCGGGAUCACUGCUGCGAGACGGACACGACCUGGUACGAGAAUAAAGCUAUCGGCAAAAACCUGCUGGGCACAAGAAUGCAGAUGCUCUCGCGGGCCGCCAAACUGUCGAAGACCUACACCAACCACUGCAUCGGCGCCGUCUCCAUAGCAACGCUCAACGGCAUUGCGGGCGUCGGGUCAAAGUUAGCGCUUCUCCGCGUCUCCCCGGAAACGGUCAACGGCGCCCACGAGCCACAUCACUUCCAGCACGUGCUGCUGACCUGCGCGCGGGACUGUGAGGACGAGCCCGAGCUCAAAGCGCAGAAAGUGAUCAAGCACCCGCGGACGCGCAUCUAUCCGGUGAGCGUUUCAGGACCAGGGCCAGGGGCAUCCCCAAAAAGACUGUGUGCGCGCGCGGAAACUCCUACUGGACACUCUCAUUGCAAAGUCAACGGAGAGACCCCUCAUAUGCUUCCCUCACAGGAGAUUCGCAGCAACAGUGUGGGUAUGUCGACUCGGCCUCUAUUGGCACAUUCGCCUGCCUCCCCGCUGGGCACAGCUGGCAUCCCCACACCUGCACAGCUUACGAAGGCCAAUGCACCAGUCCAUAUCGACGUAGGGGGUCACAUGUAUACCAGCAGCCUGGCCACACUAACUAAAUACCCAGAGUCCAGGAUUGGCCGUUUAUUUGAUGGCACAGAGCCCAUCGUAUUGGAUAGCCUAAAGCAGCAUUACUUUAUAGAUCGGGACGGUCACAUGUUCCGCUACAUUUUAAAUUUCCUCAGGACCUCAAAACUGCUCAUCCCAGAUGAUUUUAAGGACUACUCUCUGCUGUACGAGGAGGCACGAUAUUUCCAGUUGCAGCCACUGCAGGCUGAACUGGAGCGCUGGCGCUCUGAACAGGACUCUAGGUACACAUCACGCAUGUGUGAGUGUGUUGUUGUUCGUGUGGCGCCCGAGCUUGGAGAGAGGAUAACACUCAGCGGUGAUAAAGCCCUCAUUGAGGACAUAUUCCCAGAGAUAGGAGACGUCAUGUGCAACUCCGUCAACGCUGGCUGGAACCACGAUUCUACUCAUGUUAUACGCUUCCCUCUCAAUGGAUACUGCCACCUCAACUCUGUACAGGUUCUGGAGCGACUGCAGCAAAGAGGUUUUGAUAUCACUGCUUCUUGUGGAGGCGGUGUGGACUCAACCCAGUUCAGUGAGUACGUUCUGAGGAGAGAGGUCAAACGAAGUCACCGUGGGGUCACAACCUCUGUCAUUCGAAUCAAACAGGAACCGCUGGAUUAGCCGUCCACUCUGACAG